AUGGGAGACAAAAAAACAUUAACAAUGGCAAGAAAAGAGCUGGAAGAAAUGUAUGUGGGAGUUGCAGAUGACUCUGUAAACCUCUCUUUCCAAGAGUUGGCUCAAGUGAUGCACAAGAAUGUAGAGAAGAAGAAGCUCCCUCCUUCCUCAACCAUGGCCGCCAUCUCCGAAUCCGGCCAGUCCGAACCGGCCCUAGCCAAACUCCCCAGCCUAGACUUCAGCAGAGCUUUGCAACAUGCAUCCCUCAACAACCACCAACACCACCACGUCGAUGUCCACAGCCACCACGCUCACCACCAUGGGGCCGGAGUUAGGUCUCCGGCCUCCAUGGACCAGAGGAGCUUCACAUAUGAUGAUAUGAGCCAUGUGAGCGACAUGAGUUCCGUGGCAGCCUAUGGAGGUAGAGGCGGAGGAGGAAGAAGGCGGCGGCCUGGGAUUCCCCACUCCAACAUCUGCGCCGUCUGCUCCACCUACACCUACAUCUUCCGCCACCGUUGCCUGGUUUGUGGGAGAGUUUACUGCAGGCAGUGUGUUGCAAUUGGAAUGGGGGAGAUGAAAGAAGGAAGAAAAUGCAUAGACUGUUUAGGCAGAAGAUUCAGCCAAAGGUACAUCAACAAGGCAGGAAAUGUCGGUUGCUGUUUGGGAUAUCCAUCCACAGUCAAACAGCAAGAGCUCAAGUGGGCCGAGAAAGGGCCGCGGACGAGACCCGAAGCCGCCCACGGCCACCGCACCACCGGACUGCCGCCGACACCAACCAGCCAUCAUCACAGUCCCAAUCCCCCUUCAUCGCCUUACGCAAAUAAUAGCCACCAUUUCUUACCUUUGUAGUAGCUCUAAUUAAACUCUUGCAGUAAUUCUAUUACAACAUUGUACCUUUUUCUUUUUUCCUUAAUUAAUGGAACUCAUUUUUUCAAGUGAA